AUUGGUGCCACCACUGAUAUGCUGUGCCGACAUAUAUGAAUUGUUACGGGAUGCGUCGCCGAGAAAAAUCUAUUUCUACAGAUUUAAUAAACAAUCGCGAGCAUUAUUUGUUCGUAGACGUUUUAAAUACCUGGUUUCCAGGAUUUAAGGGAUAUUUUAGAAUAGUUUUAUGGUGACGGCAUGUGCGUCGAUCCUUUAAAGAAAAUUUGUCAUUGGGGUCCACUUACUGCUCUCGGAAUUAUAAAAAUAAUUACAUUGAUGACAAUACAUUGUAGUAGACAAUGGUGGCCACCGCAAGAAAGUUUCUUUGGAGCAGUUAAUUUUAUUCUUUUCUUUUGUCUGAGUGGUUCUACUCUUUUCCAUUUUAUCAAUGCUAUUUAUGAAGGGCCUGGAUUUCUUCCAUUGAAAUGGAUGCCGGAGAAAGCAACAGAUACUCAAUAUUUACAAUAUUGUUUUGUUUGUGAAGGAUAUAAAGCACCAAGAUCUCAUCAUUGUAGAAAGUGUGGUCGUUGUGUCAUGAAAAUGGAUCACCAUUGUCCAUGGAUAAAUAAUUGUGUAGGACAUUACAAUCACUGUCAUUUUACAGCAUUUCUUGCAAGUGCAGUUGGUGGAUGUUGUGUUUCCACUUUUACAUUAAUUUCUUGGGUGAUGACUGUAUUAUCAUUGAAACCACUAUCAUUUCCACCACCUUCUAUAUUUAUUCUGAUAUUAGUUAUCUUUAGUAUUGGUUUAUCAAUUGGUGUUAUUCUUGCUGUUGGAACAUUGCUUUAUUUCCAACUAUUAUCUAUAAUCAAAAACAGGACAGAAAUAGAAGCAUGGAUUUCAGAGAAGGCUCAUUAUCGAAGAUUUGGAACUAGAGACAAAUUUAUUUAUCCAUAUUCAAAAGGAUGGCGUUUUAACUUACAGCAAGUUCUUACAUGGGAUUGUACGCCAGUGGGUGAUGGAAUUCACUGGCCUGUGAUUGAAAGUUGUGACCAGUAUACUUUAACGCGGGAACAAUUAGCUCAGAAAAAAGAUAAACGAAAGAGAGCUAAGACUUACAGAGUUAUAGAAGAAGCAUACGGAUCGUAUUUACCAUUGAAACACGGUUGGGGUGUACUGUGUCAUCCACCUUGCACCGAUGAACAACGAGUCAAGCUUAAAGUUGGAGAUAUUGUGAUUGUAACACGAUGGAGAAAAUAUUGGUUAUUUGGAGAGAAGAAGCAAAAUGAUGAAAACGAGAAGCAAUUACGAACUCGGGGUUGGUUCCCACGACCUUGCGCCAUUGAAGUGAUUGAAAACGAAGCGUACUCCUCCGCCUUAACAAAAUCAGAUUGAAACAUUCCUGUUCUAUGUAGAGAUUUGUAAACCAGUUAAUGGAUGUACCAUUGAAUGAACGGCAAUAUUUUUUAUCUAAUAUUUUAUAUGCGAUGAGUGAAUGUUUCUGAAUAUUUUAAUGGUCUAAUAUGGAUUUUUUUUCGAACCACUAUUUAAAAUACCAGUCACUAUAUUUAUUGCGUAAGAAAAGCAUUUGAUUUGCGUUUAAAGUAAUGUGCACAAAGCAAGAUUCCAUUUAUACUUCUUUACUUCUUAGUUUUCUUUUUAAAAAUAUUUAAUGAUAACGUGUAAGUAUUUAAAAUGUAUACAGAAUAUGAAACCUCAUUAUAUUUUUGUAUAUGGAGCUUUAGUAACGAGAACUAUGUUUAAUAUACAACCGCGUGUAAAUAUUUUAUCGUUAUUAUAACUGUUAUUAUAAAUAAUAUUUUCGAUAUUUGUGCAACAGUGACUUAAUUAUUUAUGUUCUGGUAUAAAAAUUAGAAUAACGAUGAAUUCACGGUAAUAUUUUCCUUUGUAAUUUAUGACUUAUAUAGGCAACUUAUUUGUCUAAUAAUUACAAAACAAUGUAUUUUAUUGGGUACAUUUUUAUGAAUUUUGUAAUUGAUGAAUAAAUAUUUCGCUGAAAGCUA